AUGCAAAGCACUGCCCCCUGUGCGGCGCCGCUGCAGCUGCACUUCCCGCUCCGUUUACGCUCGUGUGCGUCACUAAGAAAUAACCUCGAAGUGCUAACCACUGCCCCAACAUCUCUCUCUCUGUCCUUCUGUCUCCCUCUUCACCUCCCUCUCUGUCCUUCUGUCUCUUCACCUCCCUCUCUGAACUUCUGUCUCCCUCUUCACCUCCCUCUCUGUCUUUCUGUCUCUUCACCUCCCUCUCUGUCCUUCUGUCUCCCUCUUCACCUCCCACUCUGUCCUUCUGUCCCCCUCUUCACCUCCUUCUCUGUCCUUCUGUCUCCCUCUUCACCUCCCUCUCUGUCCUUCUGUCUCUUCACCUCCCUCUCUGAACUUCUGUCUCCCUCUUCACCUCCCUCUCUGUCUUUCUGUCUCUUCACCUCCCUCUCUGUCCUUCUGUCUCCCUCUUCACCUCCCACUCUGUCCUUCUGUCCCCCUCUUCACCUCCUUCUCUGUCCUUCUGUCUCCCUCUUCACCUCCCUCUCUGUCUUUCUGUCUCUUCACCUCCCUCUUUGUCCUUCUGUCUCCCUCUUCACCUCCCUCUUUGUCCUUCUGUCUCCCUCUUCACCUCCCUCUAUGUCCUUCUGUCUCCCUCUUCACCUCCUUCUCUGUCCUUCUGUCUCCCUCUUCACCUCCCUCUCUGUCCUUCUAUAUCCCACCUCUACUAGUCUCCUCCUGCUCCUGUCCUCUCCCUCUCCUCUACCCCUGCUGCCCCGUUCCUCUCCCCCUCCUCCCCCUCGGUCAGUUAUCCAGUUUGAGUUGCAUUAUUAUGAGUGUAGAUGGAUCAUGUUCCAUUAG